CAUAUUGGGAUCACAGUCAUUGGGUGCGAUGCUGCCUCUGGGUGCUCUGCAACCGACAGCCGCCCGACCGACUGCCGCAGGGGCUUUCUGAACCCGAGCCGAGUGCUGCCUACACACACAAGCUACCAGCUCUCAUACUCGGCAAAAUUGCUCUGCUAUCACGUACUGACCUAACAUUAUACUAUGUUUUCAAUUGACGCCGUUUCGCACGACAUUUUUUAAGUCGUAGUUUUCGAACAUGGAAAUGACCUCUUCUUCUCGGAUUAUUUUUGGGGUACAACUGUGAUCUCUUCAUCACACAUCGACUGGAGCAGAGUCAGACACUCCAUUUGCUAGCGCAUGCGAACAACUCGUCUUUGGCAGUUAGCUUGGUAACGUUAGUCGACGUGUCUAGCUUUCUGGAUGUUUAGUGUCCAUAAUACUGGAUUUAGUUUUCAGUUGCCCUUGGCAUCGAGCUAGUUUUAGAUUGGGUAUUGUUUUAAACACCAUUAUCUAGCUAAAGCUGGCUAGCUGCGUGUUAUAACAAGCAAGGGAGAUUUUGUUCGUCAAAGCACAUCUGACUGGUUCGAGAUCAGCAGGGGGUUCGUUGGGAUACGGAAUGCGACUCGCUAAAUAACCAAGCCUCGGCUACACAGGAGAAACCACAUACAUUUCUCCGUUUUCAUUCAAAAGGGAGCAUGUUUGAGUGACAAGCGAAGGAGGAAGUGGGAUCUCUGAAGCUCCUCCCCUGCUGGUGGAGCCUCUGUACAUCUGGACCAGAGACCCCUUUACUCAGCAGGACAGGAUGCGGAGGUUUGCCUACUGUAAGGUGGUUCUGGCCACCUCCCUGGUGUGGGUGAUGUUGGACAUGUUCAUCCUGCUCUACUUCAGCGAGUGUAACAAGUGUGAUGACAAGAGGGAGAGGGGCCUGCCAGGCAGGGACGAUACAGUAUUGCGUCCCAGGGAGGGUCCAGGAGAAGGAGGUAAACCUGUGGUGAUUUCUAAAGAGAACCAGGAGAAGAUGAAGGAGAUGUUUAAGAUCAACCAGUUUAACCUGAUGGCCUCGGAGAUGAUCGCAUUCAACAGAACCCUGCCUGAUGUCCGCCUGGAGGGCUGUAAGAAUAAGCUGUAUCCAGACGAUCUGCCUCGUACCAGUGUAGUGAUCGUGUUCCACAAUGAGGCCUGGUCCACUCUGCUGCGGACCGUCCGCUCUGUCAUCGACCGCUCCCCCAAGUCUCUGCUGGAGGAGGUGGUACUGGUGGACGAUGCUAGUGAGAGAGACUUCCUGAAGCGGCCGUUAGAGCAGUAUGUCAGGAGGAUGGAGGUUCCAGUCAGAGUGGUGAGGAUGGAACAGAGAUCUGGACUGAUCAGAGCUCGACUGAAAGGAGCCUCACUCUCCACCGGACAGGUGAUCACGUUUCUAGAUGCUCACUGUGAGUGCACCAUUGGCUGGCUGGAACCUCUACUGGCCCGCAUCAAACUAGACAGGAAAACGGUGGUGUGUCCCAUCAUCGACGUGAUCAGUGAUGACACGUUUGAGUACAUGGCUGGUUCUGACAUGACCUACGGAGGCUUCAACUGGAAGCUGAACUUCCGCUGGUACCCUGUACCCCAGAGAGAGAUGGACCGCCGCAAGGGAGACCGCACUCUGCCCGUCCGGACUCCUACCAUGGCCGGUGGGUUGUUCUCUAUAGACAGAGAUUAUUUCCAAGAGAUAGGGACGUAUGACGCAGGUAUGGACAUUUGGGGAGGAGAGAACCUGGAGAUCUCCUUUAGGAUCUGGCAGUGCGGGGGGACGUUGGAGAUCGUGACGUGUUCUCACGUGGGUCACGUGUUCCGGAAGGCCACGCCCUACACGUUUCCAGGGGGAACGGGUCAGAUCAUCAAUAAGAACAACAGACGCCUGGCCGAGGUCUGGAUGGACCAGUUCAAAAACUUCUUCUACAUCAUCUCCCCUGGUGUGACGAAGGUGGACUAUGGUGACAUCACGUCUCGCUCGUCUCUGAGACAGAAGCUGCAGUGUAAACCUUUCAGCUGGUACCUGGAGAACGUCUAUCCUGACUCCCAGAUACCACGACACUACUACUCACUGGGAGAGAUCCGUAACGUGGAGACUAACCAGUGUCUGGACAACAUGGCCCGGAAGGAGAACGAGAAAGUUGGCAUCUUCAACUGCCAUGGCAUGGGAGGAAACCAGGUGUUCAGCUACACGGCCAAUAAAGAGAUAAGGACAGAUGACCUGUGUCUAGACGUGUCCAAACUCAACGGUCCUGUCAUGAUGCUCAAGUGUCAUCACCUCAAAGGAAACCAGCUCUGGGAGUAUGACCCCAUGAAGUUGACCCUGAUCCACGUCAAUAGUAACCAGUGUCUGGACAAGGCCAGUGAGGAGGACAGCCAGGUGCCCAGCGUCAGAGACUGUACACACACUCGCUCUCAACAGUGGCUGCUGCGCAACGUCACGCUGCCUGAGAUCUUCUGACCGCCGCCUACCCACACACACAUACACACACACACACACUGACGGAAAGAGAGAGAGAGUGAGAGGAGGGAAGAGGAGGAGGGCAGAAGGGACAGUCCACGCUGAAUGGGAUGAAGCAGGGCCCUUCUAUGGUGUCUGGGAGAGGGAACAUGUUUGGACUCAAUGGAGGAGAGACUCAUACUUUUAUGAAGAGAGACUGGUGAUCUUUUAAAGAGAGAGACCCGCUCCUGGAGAGACAUGUUGUUAAAGAGAGAGAGAGACUCACAGAGAGGACUUCCAUGGACAAGGCAGUCUCCCCAACGCUGCAAACUCAUCACUUAUGUUUACCUGACUGUGUGUGUGUGUGUGUGUGUGUGUGUGUGUGUGUGUGUGUGUGUGUGUGUGUGUGUGUGUGUGUGUGUGUGUGUGUGUGUGUGCGCAAAUGUGUUCUCAAGUAAAGGUGGCUCAUUAGUGAAAACAUUUUUUUCAUUGAGUUUUGACUCUGUUGAACUCAUAUGAAGGAAGGGUGUGUGUGUGUGUGUGUGUGUAUGUGUGUUUGAGCGAGCAUGUGUGUACAUGUGUUGGGAUAUGCCCUCCUGUUGCAGUAUUGUAUGACUGUGCAUGUAUGAGGACAGCCCCAUACAGACACCUAGCACUGUCUGUCUCCCUCUAGUGUUCCUCCCCUGAAUUGCAGCCUAAAGAGGGACUCAGAGACAGGAGAUGGAGACAGAGAGGGAGGGGGGACUCAGAACUCUCCAGAGAAGCACCGAGGAACAAUGCGCUGAACCACAAACUGAACUGAAUCCCUAAUUGACAGACCUGCACUCCUACAGACAGAUAUAGAGACAGAAAUAAUAUGUUUGUGAUAUACUGAGAUUUCUAUGUAGACUUUUUUACAUGUCUUUGUUUAUUACUGUGAGAGUUCCACAGAGCAGCGACUGUAGUUUAUCUGUCUGUUUAUGUCUUUAAGGUAAAGUGUUUAACAUAGAGCUAAUACGGCUGCUGGUUGACGUUGCCCUUAGUCACAGAUCAAGAAUCAGUUUACCCUCCCCUAAUCCUAAUGUUAACCAUUAUGGGUAGGAAACAAGAACUGAUCUUAGAUCAGUGUCAGGAGGCAACCUGAUCCUCCUCCGCUAAUACACACGUGUACACACACGGCCCUGGGCCUCUGCAUAUCUAAUGUGAUGGAUCUAAUGAUCACAGUAACACACAGACACACACAUAAAUAAUCC